UUUCAGAUAUUGACCCAUGAAUGGAAGGAGCCGGUGUAAUCGACGAUGAAGCUUUUCCUACGUUUACAUCCGAGCCUACAGGUGAUGAACGAGAAAGAAAUGUCCAGCUUCUACAACAUCUUGAAUCUAUUGAAAAGUGUUUGGUGAAGGAGGCCAAACCUAAAGGGAAACAUAAACUUUCUUUUCUUAAACGACUGUUUGCUACCGGAUCCAGGCGCGAAGGGACUACAGAUUCCGAUUCUUUAAGAACCCCAGAAACUCCAACUGAAAAUAAUUUUACUUAUUCAUUAUUUUCUCCAUCCUCAACCCUUCAUUCCACAUCAUCCAGUCAGCUCAUCCCAUCCACUCUUCCUCACUCUACCUCUAGUCCAUCAACAUCUCUCUCAAACAUCAUUCGUCAUCAAUCGGAAUCAUUUAGGCCACAACCUGCACCUAAAGGAGGGCCACUUAGGCACUCUUCAGAACCUUCCAGACAGAACUCUGUAUCCUCAACUAUAUCCACACUGCCCUCUCUUCAGGACAACACUCAUACAGGACUCAUCUCCAAUAAGACUAGGCUCAAUGCUCAUUGCUCAAUGCUCAUUGCUCUAUGCGCAUUGCUCAAUGCGCAUUGCNCCAACUCACCCCACACAUUUAUCUUGAAAUACUAUCAAUGCAUUGCUUAG